GGGAGCUGCUGGAUCACAGCACAGAGAGCCAACCUGCCUACAUGCUUAUUGUGAAAAUCUUUAAAAAGCAAUUAACCGCAGCAUCAUCUGAACCUUCCCCCCUGGCUGGGUGAAAUACAUAUUUUUUGGAAAGAAGUGUUUCCCUUCGCUACAACAAAAGGCAGGCGAUAUCAUCAUACACAACCAUGACUGACAGAAAAGCUGUGAUCAAGAACGCAGACAUGUCCGAGGACAUGCAGCAGGACGCGGUGGACUGUGCCACCCAGGCCAUGGAGAAGUACAACAUAGAGAAAGACAUCGCAGCCUACAUCAAGAAGGAGUUUGACAAGAAGUAUAACCCCACCUGGCACUGCAUCGUCGGGAGGAACUUCGGCAGCUACGUCACCCACGAGACAAAGCAUUUUAUUUACUUCUACUUGGGCCAAGUAGCCAUCUUGCUCUUCAAGUCUGGCUGAGACGUUUCUGAUGUUUGUUGAGGAGUUUUGCUCCCUGAACCUAAAUCGGAAAGCACUAGUGGCUGAUGUCUGCCAUACACUAAUAACGACAUACCAUAAUGACGCAGACCCGGCCGUGCGCAAUUGCAUGGACUAUACCCUAUUUAAUAUGUAUGUUUCAGUAAGUUUAAUUUUUGAUAGUUGCCAUUUGAAUGCAACUGAAGUAGUUUUUGUUGAUGCUGUUCAAUUCUAGGUUGUAAAAUAUGUCAACGUGGCCCUUGAUUGUAUAAUAAAGGAAAGCUGUAGAAUGUAGUGAUGCAUUUGCUUUCCUUCACAAGUGGCAUUGUCAGACCCAGACUCCAUCUCUCGAUUUAGAUGGUAAAAAUAAUACUGCGUGCACCGGUUUAACAAUUCAUUAUCAACAUUUAAACGUGUGAUCAUGAAAAGAGGUUGGUUAAUGAGACUAAAUAGUCUUCUAACAUGUGUUAAUUCAUGACCUUCCUUUGGUUUCAACGUGAACAACAGCAUUAGAUCAGUUUAUGACUGAUAUGUUAAUUAUGCUGUCUGUAGAUGGGAAUACAACAUCUUACUGUUUCAUUAUGGGUUUAAAAUAAUAAUAAUAAUGCCCACUGGCUUUCAGAAAAAAAUAGAUGUUGCAACAUCUAACAUACUUUACAUUUUGGAGCCAACACAAGCCAGUGCACACAUUUCCAGUUUGUCAAUUUCACUGUGAGGGACAAUGGAGCAUAUAAUGCUCAAAAACACAGACUUUAAGCUUGUAAGUUUGACUAAUUAUGCUACAGACUGGUUACCAAACUCUACAAGUCAACAAUCUGCAUGUUUGGAGGUUACACACCACCAUUUAUUUAACUGUCAGUAGACAUCAGACACAAACAAAAGCUCAUCUUUAAUUGUUGAAUAUGUAGAUUUUGGACUGAGCCGAUGUAAAGAAGGUGAUUUAGAACUUCUGCAGUCAACUGUACCAAGGCUCCCAGCACCCCUGUGUUUCAGAUUGUUGUAUCGUUCUGUGUGGCUCGUUGUUACUUUAAGUUGUAUUAACCCCAAUCUAUAUUUUGCAUUGCCAGUGUUCUGCCACACAUGCAAGAAAGACGAAGCCUUUAGGAGUUCUUCUUAAAGCAAUUGCGCAUCCCUUAUCUAGCACAACAAUUUGGGUAAUUUUAUUUUGUUGGCAUUAUACGUUUGAAAGGCAAUGCGUAAUGUUAGGAAUCUUCACGAGGGCAGAUUAAAGGGAUUUAACCUCUGGCUGGAUAACACCACACAUUUCUCGUGUGUAAAUACUGAAUGUUUUUAUUUGCUCUCUCCCAUAAUCCAACAAUGGGUAAAUGUGUAUCUCUCAAGUGUUGGCUUGGAUUGACAUUGAGGGAAGUCUUCCUAACUAUUGUCAAUGUAAACUGAUUAAGUAUUGUUUUCCUCUGGCAUGUUUUUUUGCUGUGUAUAUGUAGGAGCCGUUCCAAUGCUGUUCGAUUUGCACAAAACGUGUGCCUGUCAUUGCUCUCAACUGUAACUCGCUUGAGUACAAUUGCACUUCAUUAGAGUUAUCCAGUAGGUUGCUACAGAACCAAAAUCGUACAAACUCGAUAAAAUAAAAUAAAUAUUGUUGACUUAA